AUGGUCGCAAGAUCCUUCCCUGGCCGGCCGAUGGCCACCUUAAAGUAUGUUGGUGGCAAAGCCCGUGUUAUUUCUGUGCCUCGAGACAUCAGUUUCCAAGAACUUAGGACGAAGCUCACUUACCUGUUUGAUGGUGAACUGCUCCUUAAGUAUCGACUGCUCUUGGAGGACCUUGAGGCCUUGGUGUUAGUGACAUCUGAUGAAGAUCUUCGCCGCAUGUUAGAUGAUCGUGACCAUCAUGAAAGUGCAGGAAGUUUGAAGCUUCGAGCUUUCCUGUUUCCUGCAAACCCUAUGGCAAUUGAAAAACAAAUGGCAACCACAGAACAUCGUGCACUUGAGCUACGAUAUAUUGAUGCCAUCAAUGGCAUAAUCAGUGCUACACCACCGAGCACAAUAUCNCACAGAACAUCGUGCACUUGA